AACCUUCCACCGAUAUCUCUCUACAGCCCACGUCCCCAUGUCUCACUCGUCCAGUCCAAAGAAAUCCACGCCGCAGCCAGCAUCUAGCGAUGAGGAUGAAGAAUCCUUCCGCCAUAGACCAAGAAACGCUCUGGAGGCUCAAGCCGCCCGUAUCGAACGGCUGAUGACCCGUGUCGACAAACCAAUAGCCUUACCAGAACGAAAGGAAAAGACCAUGAAACCACCACCUGAUUUUGUUCGAAAUGUACAAGGGUCGAGUGCGGGAGCUGGAAGUGGAGAGUUUCAUGUGUAUCGUGCUUUAAGACGGAAGGAAUAUGCGAGACAAAAGAUUUUGGAUGAAAAGGCAAAGGAGGAGCAAGAACAGCGGGAAUUUCAUGAGAAACUUGAGGCGAUCAAGAAAUUGGAGGCGGAGAAGACCGCAAAGAAGAGAGAAAAAAGGCAAAAGCGAAAAAAGGGACAAAAUAAAACAGAGAAGCAGUCAAAAAAGCCAAAAACCGGUGAUGAAAAGGCGUCUGUAGAGGAAGGGGCGCAAAAUGGAAAUGGUGGAGAGGAAAGCAAGGAGACCACGAAAGCCGGGGAAUCUGACAGUGGAAACACACCUCCACAUCAAUCUUAGAUUUAUUAGCUUCAUUCUAAGCAAAAUAUGUACAUAUUUGUAUAAUAUAGAUAACAGUUAACUACUCGUUUAUAUCACUAAAGCAAAG